CACAUAACGGCCUAAAAUAUAAAAAUGUCCUUUAAUCCAAGGGUAAAUUCGGUGGACUGUGAUAUAACCUCAAACAAUUUACCUAUUAAUGUUUCAAUUUUCUUCGGUUCCUGAUCCAAUAUGAAUUUAGCCCGACAGUUUUUAAGGAACUCGGCGCGGUCGAGGACGCCACUUUUGCGCCCCGUAACUUACACCGAAACGAUCGUCAAAUAUAAGGGGAGCAAAAUCGGCUCCACAAGCGACGGCGACGAUAGCGACGACGACAAGAAGCCCCCGGCCAUCAAAAAAGUCGACAGUUCGUCGUCCAGCGACAGUACCACCUCGGACGACGACAUCAUCUCGAAGAAAGCGUCGCGUAGCGACGCCCUGUCUAAACUGAACGCUCUACUCAAGCAGAUAGUGGAAGAAGACGUCCCUAAAUACGACUCGGGCAUCAGCUUAGCCCGCCCAGUAAACAAACGCGUCAAGGUUAAAAAAGAGCCUGUCGACAAAGACAUAAUAGAAGCAGCGAAAGAAGUCGCCGCAUCGUUUGGGGGCGACGCGAAGCAUACGGAAUCGGUAUUAAUGGCGAAGUUGUUGACUCCCGUGGAAGGUGGCGGGGCGUUGACUUCCAAAAACCUCGGGGACAUCCUCCAAGGUAUGAAAAUCGAUCGGGAGCCGAAACCGGAACAAGAGUCGAGGGCGAGUCAAGUUAAACGGGUCCUCGAAAGCGUCAGUGCAGAGAUGUUGACUCCGCGCACGGCAAGUUCGAGGCAAACUUCUCGGAGGCCGGGUCUAAGGAAGACGGGGCCCCCCUCGGUCAGGGAAAAGAUAGACUUGUUCGAGGGGGACGGUUUGGGGAUAUUCACAGACCCGUCGAAGCUUCGCGACAGUCCCCAGCUCGAGACGUUGCGCAAGUGCAGAGAGAGGGACUUGAAACUAGCCGUGACUCACCCACCCUCGAACUACUUCCAGGAGAUGAUCCUGUGGACCGAGCAGGGCAAACUAUGGAAGUUCCCCAUCGAUAACGAAUACGGUCUGGACGAAGCCAACACGUAUUUCGCCGACCACAUUUUCCUCGAGAAGCACCUGGAGCCAUGGUGUCCCUCGAAGGGCCCCAUCCGGCACUUUAUGGAGCUCGUGUGCGUCGGACUCUCGAAAAAUCCCCACCUGAGCGUCGCCGCCAAGAAAGAGUACAUCGAAUGGUACCGGGAUUACUUUGAGGAAAAGAGAAAACUGCUGCUGGAGGUGGAGGCCAUCCCCAUCGAGUCCGGCGAAAAGGAAAGGGCCACGGAUACGUGAUCCGACAUUGUAGCAUCCCAAUUUCAAUAAAACAUUUUGCUA